UAUAUGCAUUGGACUCUGUACCUUGCUGUAACAGGAGUGCGCCAUUACAGCAAACACUGGAAUAUACUAAUAUCAUCAUUUUUUCGUUACUCAUUUACAGAAAUAUUUUCAGCAAACCUUACUCCGCCUAUAGCUCAUAUAGUCGUGCUUGAAUAAGCAAGAAUUUUCUUCGUCAGACUGAAGUAGAGGAUACGUUGCAACCAUGUCAAACGAAAAAGAUGGCAAGAAGCCUUACCCUACCCAGCAGGCUGCAUACCCCACACAGCAAGCAGCUUAUCCUACAUCGGGUGCUUAUCCUGGCCAACCAGCAUACAACCCACAGGUAGUUCCAUCUCAACAGCCUCAGGCAUACUCUGCCCCACCUCCAGGGGCUGGAUACGCUGGAGCCCCACCCCCAUAUUCUGCCACAGCCGCACCUCCCCCAGCAUCUCAAGCUGGUUACCCACAAGCCCCUGUGUACCAACCUCCCGCCCAACCACAGACAGUAGUUGUCAGUGGUGGAUAUGAUGCUGGUGCAAGAUUCAACUCAAGAAAUCCUCCUUCAAUUCCACCACCUCCACCAGGUUGUGCCCCCAAUGCAGCCCAGCUGGCUGCUGGCACAGGGCAAAAUGUUGUCAUGGGACAGAGACCAUCUAACUGGGUUACUGGAGGAUCAGAUGGAGGCUAUACAUUGUGGUAAAUCCCUAUCACCUGACCUAUUACAGGAUGAUGGAAUGUCUAAGCUAAAAAGGCAAAUAAAUAUAUAACUGGUGUACGUACAUGUAUAUUUUAUAUCAUGAAUAAACUUUUCUCUGAAGAUGGUACGUCUCUGAUUUUUAUUAACUUUUCAAGCCUUGUCUUACAAACUUUCUGGAAGUACAUUAUGUAAAAAGGAUUUUUUUUAUGCCACAUUUGCUAUGGAAGUAUCCCUGGACUAUCAACCAUAAGGUCCAGGAUCAAACCCCGGUGAAGCAGUUUAUUGUCCUUUGGAAGGCCUUUGCAAUAUGACAUAAAUCCGAAUUGGUCACUCCCAACCCGGGUGUUGAACAUAUUCCUCGUAGGAUGCGAACAUUAUGGAUUUUCUAGUACCAUCAUGUUGUGUGCUAAGAAUUCUUUUCAGGGACUAGAUGUUGUGAACUACUGUAUGAUAAAGAAGUUUAAAGUUUAUCCAUUGACAGAUUAACCAUUUUGGG